AUGGCGAUUCGGGCGGCGCGUUUGAACACCUCUAACCUAGGAGGCCGGUUCUGGAACACCAUCCGUGAGAAUUGGUAUCUAGGCUUCACUUCCUUCGGAGGACCCCCCGUUCACUUCAAGAUCUUCAAUGACAAAUUCGUCACCAAGCUAUCAUGGAUCGACCAACAGAUGGUGAGAAUCGCCUGCAUUCACCCAACGGCCGCUACUGAUACCAUGACGCGGAUCCUAGUUUUCCUAGGUGCCGCAGCCGGAUUGAUGUAUAAUGCGCUGUGGUACUUCCCGUUGCUCAUGUUUCUGGCGGGCUUAGCGACUGUUGCUCACGACUUUCGUUGGUUUCACAGGCCUGUCAAAGCUAUGGUUACAAUGUUCAAGAGGGAGGCCAGGCAUUCAUCAGAAGACGCCGUUGAAAUGCAGAUUCAGCAAGAAGCGGCUGCAAUAAGUAUCCAUGCUGAAUCUUCUACUAGGCAGGAUAGCAACCAGUCGAGCCACGAGCGAGGAACACUCCCGGUUUCUGGGCAGGACGUAUCGAUAGCCGAAGGAGAGCCUCGAGUGGUGCCUCAAGAGAGACGUCUCAACAUCGGUUGGAAGUUUGGACUGUCUCUGAUUAUGCUCUUCCUAAUCUCCUUCGUCGUGGUCAUGGUCCUCCGUGGGACGUUGCCGAAUAAGCCACUCUUGUACAGCCUCUUCGCCAACAUGUACCUGGCGGGUACCAUCAUUUUCGGAGGAGGACCAGUGGUGAUUCCACUUCUCCGCGAAUACAUCGUCGCCGAGAACUGGGUCAGUCCUCGCGACUUUCUCAUCGGUCUGGCCCUCAUUCAAGCCUUUCCAGGGCCCAAUUUCAACUUUGCGGUAUAUCUCGGGAGUCUCACUGCUAUCAACGGCGGUUUCAACUCUGCCACCGGCGCCAUCCUUGGGUUUUUGGGCAUGUUUGUCCCUGGGUUGAUUACGGUUCAUGGAACGAUGGGUGUUUGGGGUGCGAUACGUGGAUGGAGAUGGGUCAAGUCGUCGCUGCGAGGAGUCAACGCCGCUGCCGUUGGCCUCAUUUACACAGCAGUUUAUCGUCUUUGGCAGAUUGGAUAUAUUGACCAAGGAUUUCAGCAGGGCACCAGUUUAGCUGUGGAGCCUUGGUGGGUUGUUGUGACGGCUACGAGUUAUGUGGGCGGUUACUGGUUUCGAGUCAGUCCACCUGUGGCCAUUGUCACUGGAGCUAUCAUGGGUCUCAUUUGGUAUGGUGUUGUGUCUACUUGA